UAGACGGUUUUAUGAAAUUUUGGCGGGUGAACGGAAGACGGUUGCUUCAUGCCGCCAUUAACAACCCUCAUACAGAACUGCACGGUUGUGACCUCGCUUAAGAGAGCUCGUCAGCUCCAUGCUCUGAUCCUUACAACCACAGUCUACACCAACGAUGCACUCUCUCCUUACAGAAACAACAACAUCGUGUCUAUGUACGGCCGAUGUGGCUCCAUCUGGGAAGCCCAGCAGGUGUUCGACCGAAUGCCUGUGAGAAACACUGUAUCCUAUAAUGCGCUUCUUGCAGCCUAUUCUAAAUCUCCCUGUCUUGGAAUGCGAUGUAUAGAGUUGUUUAAGGAUAUGGGAAGUGAAGGGCUGAGACCUGGUGGGUCGACUUUCGUCAGCUUACUGCAAGCUUGCUCUGCGCUCGACGAUUGGUUUAUGGGUUCUUCAAUUCACUGUCAAGUUUUUAAAUUUGGUGGGUCGGAUGAUGUCUCCAUUCAGACAUCAUUGCUUGGGAUGUACUCGAAAUUUGGGGAUUUGAAGUCUGCAUGCCAAAUUUUCGACGGGGUGGUUGUUAAAGAUGCGGUCAUGUGGACAGCCAUGAUGUUUAACCUCUUCAAGAAUGAGAAGUUACAUGAAGGGCUUCGUCUGUUCAAUUCCAUGUUGAAAUCUGAUGUCAGCCCUACUCAGUUCACAUACUCAACGGUGCUAAAUGCUUGUGCUAAACUGCGAGAAUACAUCGUUGGAAGGACGAUUCACUCUCGAGUUAUUGUUUUGGGUCUGCCACAUGAUUCAAAACUGCAGAACGCUUUGCUCGACAUGUAUUCCAGUUGUGGAGACAUUGGAACAGCUUUCGAUGUCUACAGUAGGAUCGAGGAACCAGAGUUAGUUUCCUGGAACUCUAUAAUAUCAGGAUGUGCAGAAAAUGGCGAGUCAAGAAAGGCGAUGGAAUUGUUUAUACAGUUACUGAGACUUUCGGUUCCUAAACCAGAUGAUUACACUCUGGCAGCCAUUAUUUCUGGAACUGGAGAUGACUAUGGGAAAGCUCUCCACACCCUGGUAGUGAAAAUGGGAUUAGAGAAGAAUGUCUUCGUAGGAACUACCUUGCUGUCAAUGUAUUUUAGAAACAGUGAUUCCGAGUCAGCACGAAAGGUCUUUUCUUUCAUCGAAGAGAAAGAUGUUGUUCUCUGGACUGAGAUGGUUAUGGGUCAUUCUAGAUUGGGCGAUGGGGAGACUGCAAUAAAAUCAUUCCGCGACAUGUGCAACGAUGGCCUAAGAAUGGACAGCUUUGCCUUCAGUGGAGGUCUGAGUGCAUGUGCUGAUCUGGCAACACUGAAACAAGGAGAGAUGAUUCACUCCCAGGCAAUAAAAACAGGAUGGGAUGCUGAAAUGAACGUCUGCGGAAGUCUCGUUCAUAUGUAUGCCAAAAAUGGUAAUCUGCAAGCUUCUCGGUCAGUGUUCUCCCAAGUUUGGCUCCCUGACUUAAAGUGCUGGAAUUCUCUGCUUGGUGGAUAUGGUCACCAUGGAAUGCCGGUGGAAACAUUGAAACUCUUCAAAGAGAUGCUAAAACAUGGCAUCCAGCCGGAUCAUGUGACAUUUCUGACCCUAUUGUCCGCUUGCAGCCAUGGCGGCUUGGUGGAGGAAGGAAUGAUGUUGUGGAAUUCCAUGAAGCAAAAAAGUGGGAGUAUUACCCCAGGGCCUAACCAUUACUCCUGCAUGGUGAGUUUACUUUGCCGGGCAGGAUUGCUAGAGAAGGCCGAAGAGGUUAUACAAGAAUCAGCAGCAGCAGCAUCUCAUUCAUCAGAGCAUAACUUGGAGAUGUGGAGAACCCUACUGAGUGCUUGUGUGGAUAAGAGGAAUUUGGGAUUAGGAAUUCGAGCUGGGGAGGAGGUAUUGAGAUUGGAUAGUGAUGACAGUGCUACACAUGUUCUGGUCUCGAAUCUGUAUGCUGUUACAGGGAGAUGGGAUGGAGUUGCUGAUAUGAGAAAGAAGAUGAGAGGAAUGAUGCUGGAGAAAGAAGCUGGGCUAAGCUGGAUUGAAGCCCAGCAUGGUGGCAUUCAGGCAUUCACUUCUGAUGAUCAAACUAGUCCUGUGAUUAAAGAAGCUCAAUCAGAAAUAUGGAGAUUGCAAGGGAACAUGGGAAGGUCAGAAGUCGAUGAUCUUGAUGCCAAGGAUUGUUCUACGUAAGUGGUUGAAAAGGAGAUGUUUUGCUUGUUAUAUCCAUCCCAGCAAAGCAAUAGAUGAUCAGCUGGAAGUUUAGUAGGUGUCAUGGCCAAUUUGGUUCAGUCCGGUAUUCACUUUGAUCUUCUUUGUUUAUAGUCAAAUCAAACUAUAUUCAACUAUGAACGAUUCAAUCGAAAUGUCUAUUGAAUCCAAUUUAGUACCCUGUGCCUGUAAACCAAAUCCUUGAACUCACUUGAUUUUAUGCUCACAGAACGAAGUCAUACAAAAGAUUAACAAAAACUCUUUAAUGAUCCCUCGAUGGGAGACUGACUUUAUGAUUUUUGAUAAAUGGGAAGAUUUGCCACCUAUGCAGGUCAGUGGGAUUCUUCGCGUGGUUCACGUUUUCAAUUAGUGAUGCUUUAUUGUACCUGAACUGUGAACCUUUUCACACUAUUUUGCAAGUUACUGUUACUAUGGGAAUUUGCUAGUUUAAGUGGUUCAUAUGGUUACUGCUGGUAUGCUGGUACAUCUACUGCCUUACCUAGAAGUUAGCAUUGUCAGAGUUUAUUAAGACCCCUCAAUUUUCUCUCUCUCAAGCUCACUUGCGAUCAAGAGUUGUCGAGGAAAUCUAAAGAAAUGUGUGCUUGAUGU